AGGAUGGAAAAAACUCACGCUGUCGUCGCCCUCGUCCUUUUGGCUUCCAUUGGAUUGGUACAGUCCUUCUCUGUCAAUGCCCCGGCAUUUGGGCUCAAGUCCUGCAACUUCGCCACCAUGAAGUGCGAGCGGUCAAGCCUGGUCCGGCCUCUCAGGAUGGCUGAUGAGCCGCUCUAUGAGGACGAUAUCGACGCCCCACCCACAAAACCUGGGGUGAAGCAGGGCGGCAUCAGCGACAGCAUGCGAGCGAAGCUGCUCAAGGAGAACCAGGCGCUCGGUGGCGACCCUGAUGCUGCGUCUGUGAACUGGGCCGUCGUCUUCGCUGUGAUCAUUGGAUCGCUUGCCGUCGUCGGCAACUUGUUUGGAGCCUUUUAAUGUUCUUUAGCCUCUACCAUGAGGGCCAUUUUAUUCUAAAGAUGCCUUGCUUGUGG